AUGCCGCGAAAGAGAGAAGAAGGAAACCCGUACCUGGGUAUCGCCCGCGCGGACCGCGCGCUGGUGCGGACGCUCCGGACCGCACACGGAUGGUCGCUGCGGCGCAUCGCGGACGCGGUGGGGAGCAGCGCGUCGAGCGUGGGGUGUGUUGCACGGAACGAGCCGGGCGACGACGUCGAACGGGAUGCAGGGCUGCUGGAUAGGGACAACUUGUUGAGAAAGGUGUUGGCGGGGGAGGUGAAUCCCGGGCGGACAACAAGGCCCCCCAGGCCGCGUGACAGGGAGGUGACCCAGGGGCAUGACGACGACGACGACGACGACGAACUCGACGUGAUCUCAAAAGCGAACCCGACUGGCACCCCGCUCGCGCCGGACUUGCUUGCCUUCCUCUCUCCGCUCCCGCUCGACCUCGCGCGCCACGCCCCGCUCUUCGCGGCAUACCAAAUGACCUCCCUCGCGGCCCUGCGCCCGCUCUGCGCGUUCCCCGCGGCGGAAAGAAGCGAGGCGCUGCUCGACCUCUUCUUGCCGCCGUUCCGCUGGCACCAGGCGCGUGACGACAUAGCUCAACUCGGCGGCGGCAUGACGCACGUGGAGAUCAUCGCGCUCGACCAGGCGCUCGACAAGCUCGCGAAAGAGGCGCGCCCAAACGCUGGAUGA